AUGAAGAAUCUUCUGAUGCUGUGCAUGGAAUCUGUGGCCAGUAAUGAUCAUAAUACAGCAAAUAAACUACUAAACCGGAUAAAGCAGUUGUCUUCUCCUUCAGGCAAUGCAUUCCAAAGGUUGGCACAUUGCUUGGCUAAAGGGCUUGAAGCUCGCUUAACAGGAACAGGGAACCUAAUAUAUAGAAGUCUUACAACUAAGGGAGAGGUCAACUUCUGA